AUGUUUGCAGCUGCCACCAAGAACUUUGUCAAGCAGGUGGGCGACACCGGAAGGUUGGUCCCCGUCCCGAGUCUGAGCGAGGCCGACCGCUAUCAGCCUCUCAGUCUUGUCACCAGGAAGAGAAAGAGACGUUUCUGGAAGAAGAAGAACAAAUACGCCGCCACUGCGUUCUCCCUCAAGGACAUCCUGGUCGGGGAGAAGGAGAUCACAGCAGGUGUAUCCUCUUAUCAGCUGCUCAACUACGAGGAUAAAUCGGACGUAGCCCUCAACGGUCGCCUUGGAAACCACCUCAUCAACGACGUGGGCUUUAACGUCAGCGGCUCCGACUCGGUGGCCGUCAAAGCUUCCUUCGGUAUCGUGACCAAACACGAGGUGGAAGUGCCCACGUUGCUGCGGGAACUCAACUCCAGGAAAGUGGAGGUGGAACACUGCCUGGUCCGUCAAUGCAGGGAGAGCAGAUGGAGCGUCCUGUGUGUGGUCAUGGAGAGCAUCCGCACCACUCGCCAAUGCUCGCUGACGGUCCACGCCGGCAUGAGGGGGACCACCAUGAGGUUUCAGAUCGACGAUGGCAGGAACCCAAGAGGCCGAGAUAAGGCCAUUGUCAUCCCGGCUCACACCACCAUCGCCUUCAGCAUCUGCGAGCUCUUUGUUCGACUGGACGGGCGGCUCGAUAUCUGCGUUGCCCCGGGAUCUCGAGGGGGAUUCGAACAAGAGCAGACUGCGCCGUUUCUUGUCAGGCAUCAUCUACGGAAACCCCUUCAGAGCAGGUACAAUGACAGAAUACUGGAAGAGCUGAGUCACUCCGAUAACUUUAUGGACGACACGAUGACGGACUACUACGAGAAAGCCGCCAGCAUGACCGACGUCUCCUCGGCCUACCUGAGGCAAAGCUCCCACACGCGUGUCAACCUUCUCAAACACAAUAUCGCCAAGGGGCCGUGUGCACUAUGCGGCAUGGGCAAUCAAAAAAGGGAAACGGUCUAUGGCUGUUUGGAAUGCUCAUUUGCUGGGCAUAAAUAUGUACGGCUGCAUGUUGUGCCUUGUUUUGACCUUUGGCACAAAACUCUUAAGUGA